AUGAGUCGAAAUCAAAUAGGACUUUGCGAUUCUGAACCAGUUGCGUCGAAUUCUCAACAAACCUUAACUGAUCGAUCAAUAUUGUUGAAAUGUUUUGAAAAAAAGAAAUUGUUGAUUAUUAUUAUUAGUGUUAUCAUUGUUGUUUUGGUCGUAACUAUUCCAACCGUGAUUAUCAAAACAAAAACAACUAACACAAUAAAACUAUCAACUGAGCCACGAGACACAGCAACUGAAGAAUUUACAACAACAACAACGGACAACCCAUCGACAGAAGUACAAACCAAACCAAAAUAUAAGAAAUGGAAACAACAUGGAAUUACUAUUGCUGGUGGAAAUGGACAAGGAAAUCAAUCAAAUCAACUCUCUUCACCUCAUGGGAUCUAUAUCGAUGAUAACACAAGCAUUUUGAUUGCUGAUAGGGACAAUAAGCGUAUUGUUGAAUGGAAAUCUAACUCGAUCAUUGGCCAAAUCAUUAAAGUUGGCAGCGCAGGAGAUGGACUGGAUCCAUUAUAUAUGCCAUUCGAAGUAACUGUUGACAAACAAAAGAAUGCGAUUAUCAUAUGUGAUGUUGGGAUCAAGCGAGUAAUACGAUGGUUUCGUGAAAAUCAAACAAAUUCAGAAAAUCUGGCUGCUGGCAUUUUAUGUGGCGGUGUAACAAUAGACCAAAAUGGGUCGAUUUAUAGUUCUGUUUGGAAUAAUCAUAUGGUGGUACGGUGGAAAGGAGGAGAUAAAGAUGCAAUAGUAGUUGCAGGUGGAUUUGGUCAAGGUGAUGAUUUGAAUCAACUCGAGAAACCUAGUUUCGUCUUUGUCGAUAAAGAUCAUUCUAUUUAUGUAUCGGAUACUGGCAAUCAGCGUAUAAUGAAAUGGAAAAAAGGUGCAAAACAAGGUAUUGUUGUUGCUGGCGGAAAUGGAUAUGGGAAUAAUUUCAAUCAAUUAUUUGAGCCUUAUGGAGUGGUUGUUGAUAAUUUGGGUCAAAUCUUUAUUGCAGACUGUAGUAACCAUAGAAUUAUGCGUUGGCGUGAAGGAGAUACAGAAGGUUCAGUUGUUGUUGGUGGAAAUGGUCAAGGAGAUGAUCCAAAUCAAUUAUAUCGUCCCACAGAUCUAUCAUUUGAUAUUGAGGGACAUCUUUAUGUUGCUGAUACUGAUAAUCAUCGAAUUCAAAAAUAUGAAUUAUAUAUUGAAUAA